AUGGAAUACAGAUCGGUGAAUUCGGUGCUGGAAAUAGAUGAUGCAGUUAAUUAUCCCGUAGAAUUUCUCAAUUCACUCAACCCUCCUGGAUUCCCACCACAUUUAUUAACAUUAAAAAUUGGUACUCCUAUAAUGCUUCUAAGAAAUCUUAGCUCACCAAAAUUGUGCAAUGGGACUCGUCUACGUAUUACUGAUCUUCAAAAAAAUCUGAUAGAAGCUCAAAUUAUGACUGGAUUUACAAAAGGUGAAUCAGUUUUUAUUCCUCGCAUACCAAUGAUACCAUCAGAUUAUCCAUUCCAAUUUAAGAGAAUGCAGUUUCCUGUCAAAGUAUGUUUUGCUAUGUCAAUAAAUAAAUCACAAGGACAAACCUUGAAAAUUGCAGGGAUCGAUGUAAGAGAAGAUUGUUUUUCACAUGGGCAAUUUUAUGUGGCAUGCUCCAGAGUCAGUAUGCCCAUGGCUAAAUAA